AUGUAUGGAAACUCUCGAGUUUGUUUGGAGAACUCUACCACUUUUCGUAUUGCACAAGGUCUCCGAAAUGUUAGAAUUGGCCAGCAUGAUCAUUUGAAAGCUCCCAGAGUUGAAACCGAACAGGCUCUCACCACCACCGCCGAAGCUCGCCACCACUACCCUGCUCUGCGUUCGCUGUUAACUACCGUCGGACACCUGUUUUGCCCUCUCCGUGUGGCCUACAUCUCCGGCGGCUAUCUCACUCUCACUCACAUCCAAAACCCAAAGAGCAUUUGUGAAGAAAAAAAAGAAAUGGCGAAUGAACACGAGAACAACUUAAUAGAAAUCUUGGAAGAAAACCACCCAAUCGACAUCAACAAGUACACAAAUUACGUCCACGCCCCUCAAUGUGGGGCCAUAGCCACAUUCUACGGGAACACCCGUGACACAUUUGAGGGCAAAACGGUCAUUGAACUAAGAUACGAAGCGUAUGUCCCAAUGGCCAUCCGUUGUCUCAAUUCCAUUUGUUCAUCCGCAAGAUCCAAAUGGAAUUUAAAUUCCAUUGCUGUGGCCCACAGAUUGGGCCCCGUUUCUGUUGGGGAGACAAGUGUGUUUGUUGCCAUUUCUUCUGUUCAUCGGGUUGAUGCAUUGGAUGCUUGUAAGUUUGUGAUUGAUGAGCUUAAAGCAUCGGUUCCUAUAUGGAAGAAAGAAGUGUAUUCUAAUGGUGAAGUGUGGAAAGAAAACAUGGAGUUUCUCGAGAGAAUUGGGAAGAAUGAAGAUUUGAAAAGGGGUUGUUGUGGAACGAAAGUGAAAGUGGAGGGUGAUGAUGUGGCGGGCGUUGUGAAAAAUGGUUGUUGUAGGCCGAAGGUGAAGGUGGAGGAUGAUGGAUGUAUCGAGUCUUAGCAGUGUAAUGCUCGAUUUUGAACAAGUGUUGUAAGGUUUUUGUUUUUGAUUUUUUUUAGUAAGUGUUGUAUUGAUAAAGUGAAGUCUUGGAUAAAUAAUGUUUAAAAGUAUUUAUGGGGAUAAUCUUAUUUUCCAAUCCUUUUCAAUAAGUCAUUCUUUAUGAGUAAGAAAA